AAGAUCCGAGAAGUGAGACUGAGCGAGAAAAGCGAACACAGGUACCAAGCUCCAUUGAGGAAAAGCAAUUCGCCAUUUUAAAAAUCCUAUCAGUCUAGGAAGCAAAGUUUCGCGGUGAAUGAGUUUUGGCGAGAAUUUUUGCAGGUUCCAAGUGCAUUCGUAAAAAAAUCGAUGCCGAAGAGCUCGCGUAGUGAAAAAGAUCAGAACCUCCUGUAUUGCGUUGUAAUUCGCAGUGGCGUUAUCAAGAAAAAAUCGAUCGUAACAGAGAAUAAUAAUCAUGAGGGUAAAGUAUUUUUCCUCCUCCGUGGUACUUUUCCUAGCAGCAGCAGAGCUAAACACAGCGCAGUAUUGAAUAAGGGCAUGGCAUCGUUAUGUCCACUCUCUGGCCGGCGGUAGAAGCACUGAAGAAGGAAGCGGGAAGAAAAUUUAAUAAUUAAUGCACAAAAGUGUUCCUUGUCUGCAUAGGUUCUGCCUUGAAGUACUAGCGAGUGACCUUCCUCUGAAACCGAGUGGUCGGGUUAUUGUGAAAAAAUUAAGUUUUAAAACAAUAACAGUUCUGUUGUUUGAAACAUUGUGCCGAUUGGGCUAAAAUAGUGUGAAGUAGAGGAAAAUAAAGUGAAUUUCUUGCUGUGGAGAAAGCAGUUCUCGUUCUACCCACAUCCAACUGUGUGUUGUUACUCUGGCAGAGCUGAUCGCUGCAAGAGGUCUUUUCUUUCCGACCGUGCUAUAGUGCUGAAUGGUGUUACUGGUGCAUUCGUCAGCAUCAGGAAGUGGGCCACAUUGCAAAUUAGUUCAAACGAAGCAGCUAGAAACUCAACAAUUAGAUCGUGCGCGUGAAUUAUAACAGCCUAUCAAAGUGGAUACCAAAAGCAACCUGGGUCUAACCCAGGACUUCGAGAGGAUGGUGGGACUGUCGGGCGGUGCUCAUCUCUAUGCAGCGGGACUUCCCCCUGCACAAGAAAUUGUUCGCGACAUGUCCUCCAUGCCUAGCGCUGCCCCAACAAGCGCCGAUGCCUGUCUUAGUAUCGUCCAUUCGCUGAUGUGCCACCGGCAAGGCGGUGAAAGCGAAGGCUUCGCUAAACGUGCAAUCGAAUCUCUGGUGAAGAAGCUGAAGGAGAAACGAGACGAGCUGGAUUCUCUCAUCACUGCCAUCACGACAAACGGUGCUCAUCCGAGUAAAUGUGUCACGAUCCAGCGGACACUAGAUGGACGUUUACAGGUUGCUGGCCGCAAGGGUUUCCCACAUGUGAUUUAUGCUCGCAUAUGGCGCUGGCCUGAUCUCCACAAGAACGAACUGAAGCACGUCAAGUACUGUCAAUUUGCGUUCGAUCUCAAAUGCGACUCGGUUUGCGUCAAUCCGUAUCACUACGAACGGGUGGUAUCUCCCGGAAUUGAUCUAUCCGGAUUAACACUGCAGACAGGCCCAAGCCGCUUAAUUAAGGAUGAAUACACACCUGGUUCAGGGGUGCCAGGAUCAAUGGAUAUCGAUGGCAAUGAAAUUGGAACUAUCCAACAUCACCCUACGAUGGUGCCCGGAUCGGGCUAUGGAGGCAUGGGAAUGCAUCAACAAGUGCCAGACCCGUCACAGUUGGGCAGUAUGUUUCCUCCGCCGCCGGGUAGCGCCCCAAGACCUAUACCAAAAAUGGAACCAUCCGAGCAAUCUCGAAACAGCAAUGGUAGUUGGAUGAACAACCCAAGUUCAUCCUCGUUGUCUGCUUCCAGCUCCGCCCCGCUAAAUCGGCUUUCAUCAUCACUGCCGCAUUCCUCCGUACUAGGUAAUGCCAUUGGUCUAGCCAACAGUGGAGGAUUACGUCCUCCUCAGCCGGGUCCGCCACAGGGGCCUCCUCAGCCGCCGCAACCAAAUUCCCAAAUGACAAACGGUGGAAACGGCCUGAUAGGCAGCUCGUCACAGCCCAAUUUGCUGAACUCAGACGGUCAGGGCCAAUACUAUACCAACAGCACCGUCGACCCUACACUUUCCGGUGAUCCUCAACUCGGUCCAAACAUGGGCGUACCAAACUCGAUAUCCGCAGCAUCACCUGUAUCUCCUCACCUGCAGCAAAAUGGUUACAGCCACCCACCGAACAACCAACAGCAACAGCAGCAGCAGCAGCAACAACAACAACAACAACAACAACCGCCACAGCAGCAGUCACAACAACAGUCCUCCAGUCAAGGACAGUACAACCAACACCAGACCGGUGCUGCAACCUGGUCUGGUGCCAACACGCUAACGUAUACGCAAUCGAUUCAGCCACCAGCACCGGAUCCGCGAUCUCACAGUGGCCAUCAGCAAUACUGGCAACAUGGAGGCGGUCCCGGUAGUGUCAGUGGUUCAAGCUCAGGUCAAAUGCAGGAAAUGCCUAGCCAACAGCGUCUGUCUCGACAGCCGGCUCCGGAAUAUUGGUGUUCGGUUGCCUACUUCGAACUCGAUACGCAGGUCGGCGAAAUGUUCAAGGUACCAUCGAAUCGUCCCAAUGUUACUGUCGAUGGCUAUGUAGACCCGUCUGGUGGAAAUCGGUUCUGCUUGGGCGCACUCAGCAACGUUCAUCGAACGGAGCAAAGCGAAAAAGCGAGAUUACACAUCGGCAAAGGAGUGCAGCUAGAUCUGCGCGGCGAGGGAGACGUUUGGUUACGGUGUCUCAGUGACCAUUCGGUUUUUGUACAAAGCUACUAUUUGGAUCGAGAGGCUGGCCGCACGCCCGGCGAUGCCGUUCAUAAAAUCUAUCCCGCUGCAUGUAUAAAGGUAUUCGAUCUCCGCCAAUGCCAUCUCCAGAUGCAAUCGCUUGCUACUAGCGCCCAAAAAGCUGCCCAAAUGCAAGCUGCAGCUGUGGCCGGUGUAUCCGGGUUGGCUGUUGGUGCUCCCAGAAAUCUUUCCGCCGCUGCCGGAAUCGGUGUCGAUGAUUUGCGAAGGCUCUGCAUUCUGCGGUUAUCGUUUGUUAAGGGGUGGGGUCCCGACUACCCUAGACAGUCAAUCAAAGAGACACCCUGCUGGGUAGAGGUGCACUUACACAGAGCACUGCAGCUGCUGGACGAAGUGUUGCACCAAAUGCCGAUCGAUGGUCCUCGAGGGGGUAUAGAGUAAAUAUGUGCGUAGCUGCUUCAGUCAGUAGGAUAUUUAUUUCAUGCGUAUCUGUUAAUAUGGUUUAUGGUAGUGUGAUACAUACAUGAAUGAUUAGUGAUCACCAGAGUGUUAUGAGAGUGCGCAUUCAAAUGCUUGUUAAAAACAUGAGUUUAGCUAUCCGUUCGAGACGGUAAUGCAGAAAACCUAUUCCUGUAUAGCGACUUUCUUCUUUUUACCCUUCUGGUAUUCAAAAAUUAAAAUAUGAGUCAUCUUCAGCUCAUCGUCUAUAACGGAUAGUGAAAACAAGAGAAACGUGUGAUUUGUUAGUGAAUAACGUUUAUGAUAAGCAGAAAAACAUGUAUACUUAGCAGCUGAAAUAUGAAUAAACUUAUUUAUACAGAUA